AGACUCUUCCGCUUUCGUUCUAGUCAUCCAGUCACCAUCCGACUUGCCAGCCCGCAUCCACAAGGAAACUCACACACACACAAGCAUGAGCAAAAACCAAGAAAACUACCACGAUCUGGUUUCAGACGAUCGAAACCGUUUGAAGCAGCUGUUCGUGACCCCUGCCGCCCAGCAGACGCCUAUCCCAGUCGCCAAGUCAACCUCCCAGCGCAAUGCCGCGUCUGUGUCACCCGCAGUGCCGCGACGCCCGCUGGCUGUCAGCGAGUCGCCCAACGUCGUCGCUGUCUCGGCUGCUCCUCCUGCCUCUGCUGCUGCUGCUUCAAGCAAGGCGACCCCAGUGGCUUCCUCAGCGUCUUCCCCGUUGAUCGCCUCCGCUGCGACCCUCCGUCAAGCGCCCGUCUCGCCGUUGGGCACCGCAGUGUCCGCUUGGGACGUGGCUGGAGAAGCGCUGUCGCCGGUGGCUCGCGCCUCGCAGCACAUUACAACGCGCAGGCCUCGUUCCCAACGCAGCACAAGCAACAAGGAGCUCACUCCGAUCGCGCUGGCCGCGCUCCCGAGCCCGGGACCCGUCAGCCCAGUGUUGGACAGCUCGAUUAUGAGCACUGGCUCGCGUGCCGGCCGCACCAACUCGACCUCGCUCGCCCGCUUCACUCGUGCAAACGAAGAUUUGCAGCGAAUUCAGGCCGAAUGCCAGCACCUGUAUUUGGCCGCAUUGGACAUUGCACAAGACAACAAGAAGCUUCGCACAGACAACGCAGCAUUGCGCCUGCACGACGAAAUGCUCAAGCAAAGCGAACUUGACAUUGCCAACGAGCAGCUCGGCGAGUUUGAUCGUCGUUAUUCCGACCUCACCCACCAGCACGAGCGCGACAUCAAGCAGCUCGCUGAGGAGCGUGAUCUGGCACUGCAAGAGUCUGAUGCUUCGCGCAAGCGGCUGGAGCUCUUCAAGGACACUGAACUUGACAUUUAUCAAAGCUCCCUGUCGCAGUACGAUCGCCGCCUGUCCGAGCUCAACCGCAACAACAGCGCUGCUGAAACCCGCUGUGUUCAGCUGCAGGAGCAGGUCGCUGAGCUGACCAAUGCGCUGGAACGCACCAGCACCGAGUACGUUGCCAUCGAAAAGGAGCUUCAGGAGCAAAUUCAGGCUCAGCAACAGCAGUGCGACGACACCGAGCAAAAGCACGCCACAUUGACCGCGACGCAUCAGUCUGUCGUGCAGGAAUGCGCCAUGCUUCGCGACAAGCUUGUCGAGCACGAGCAGAUCAUUAACGAAAUGAACGAGCUGAUUGACGCCACCCUCCUUGAGCGCGACGCAUUUGCCCGAGAGAGCGAGGAGCGCAAGGCGACUCUUGACAACCUUCAGACCAAGUUUGAUGCGCUGAAUGCUGCAAUCACUGCGCUGACCGAGCAGCAUGCGGCGCGCGUUGUUGAGCUGGAAACCGAGCUCGCCACGAGCUCAACGUUGGCGGAAACCGCGGCCAAGACACACGAGGAAGCGCUCAGCAACCUUGCUUCCAAGCACGCACAGGAAAUGCAGGAAGCUCGUGCAGCUUUCGAUUCCCAGAUGAGCGUUGCUACCGGAGCACACGCUACCGAACUUGCAGCCAUCCAGCAGACGCAAUCCAACCUGGAGGAGCAAAUCGCCACGCUCAUGAAGCAACUCGACGCCAGCAACGCAGCUGUGCAGACACUGACCGAGCAGCAGAGCUCUGAAAUGCUGGCCCACCAUUCGUCCACUGAAGAGCAAGUUUCCAUGAUUGCAGCCCUCAACGCACGGCUUGCCAGCGUCCAAGCCGAAAACGCCGCGCAAGCUGCAGCCCUCGAGGCAAGUGAGCAAGAGUUGCAGGAUGCCAACGGUGCCAUCGCUUUUGCACAGCAGCAACACAAGGACGCCGUUGACCAGCUUUCUGCUAGCCAUGCUGACGCUAUGGACCAGCUUGCGGCACAGCACAUCACACAGGUGGCCGAGCUCGAGCAGACCCUGCAAGAAUCCGCCGCUGAGGCGAUAAAGCUCACCGAUUCAAUUGCCACGCACCAAGCCCGACUGGACGAAGCCGCUCGGACUAUUGAACAGCUGUCCACCGAGCGUGAUGCUGUCAGCGGUAACUUGAGUGCGGUCACGGCCGAGUUGCAGUCCCUCAAGGCAACCCAUAUCACGCUUUCCGCCACCAUCGACCAGCUGGCUGCCUCCAAGUCGCAAAUCAGCAACGACGCGUUUGCAGCAAAUCGAGAGCUGCUUGAUCUGCAGCUGGCUCGCGAUGGGCUUGUCAUGGACUUGGCCGCUGCGAAUGAGCAAGCCUCCCUCGCCCGCGAAGCUGUGCAAAAGCUCCAGAGUGAGUUCUCUGCCUUCCGCGAGGCCAAGGCGCUCACAUUGGAAGAACAACAGCUGCAAACCAACCAACUUUCCGCGACCGUCCGCAACCUCGAGGUCGAGCUCCAGGCGGCCAAGGUUCUCCUUCCCAUCUUGACCGCGCACGAGGCCUCUGGUGCCCACGUUUCAAUCCUCAUGCAAGAGGACUCUGAGCUGGUUGGAGAGUAUACCUCGCGAAUGGAUUCAGCGGCUCUCGUUCUCCCAGAAGUCCAACAAGUAUGCGCCACUGCACGAUCGAUCGCCCAGAGCACGGAUCGUCUUGCUCGCGCCAACCAAGAGCUCUAUGCCCACAACGAGAGCUUGAAGGAGAGGGAGCUUGAUUUGGCCAACAGCGAGCUGACAGAAAUGCAACGCCGCAUGUCGGAUGCCGUUCGCCAGUUCUCCAGCGACCGCGAGACUUCAGUGCAAAAGCAACAGGAGCUUCAGGCGGCGUGCGACGAUGCUCAUGCGGCACUGCAGCGUGCAUCGGAGGCGCUGGAUGCGACCCAAGCAGAACGAGAGACGCUUCGUCAACGCGCCAGCGACAUGGCCAAGCAAAUCGAAGCAUCAUCAGCUGUUGUUCAGCAGCAAGCUGCUCGGGCAGAAGAACUCGAGCGGGCGAUGGCCGCGAUGACCGAGCAGUUGAAGGAUGCCCAAUCCUUGCUUCGGACCAAGGAAGAUGAAGUGUCCGGCAUGGCUGCUCGCCAGGCCGAGCUGUCAGCCAAGCAUGAAUCGACCACACAGCAGCUCGCACAGCAAUGCGAACGGGCUAGCCAGCUUGAAGCGUCCUUGAAUGAGGCCACAGCGGCUGUCCAAUCUCUGACUCUUCGUUGCCAAGAGACCGAGCAGCGGGCAGACCAGCUGGAUCAAGAGCUGGCCAAAGCCACGGAUCAGCUGGCCCAAGAGUCCCAACGGAUGGAAAGCUUGACGAGCAAGUGCGAGUCAGCCGAGGAACGUGUUCAAGAGCUUGACGGAGAGCUGGCGGAAGCCAGCGAGCGAGUUCAGGACCUGACGGUUCAAGUCCAGGAGCUUGUCUCGAACGCUUCCAAGCACGCCGAGCAACUCGAGCUGAACCUGACCGAGGCGAAGGAGAAGGAUUCCUUGCUGGAAGCGUUGACCUCCUCCGUGGAGCAGCUUCGCGAGCUUGCCGUCUCCCGCCAACAGGCUUUGGACGAACUCUCUGCCAAGCUUCAGCGCGAGCAGCUGACCUCCAUGACGCUGGAUGAGCAACAGCAAAAGCUGCAAGAGGCCCUUCAGUCCUUGAGCGCUGCUUCUGCCAAGAUUGAGCAACUCGAGUCUCAGAUUGUGGUUUUGCGAGGACAGCUGGACGAGCGCACGCUGCAAGUGCACGAUUCAAAGCAAGAAAGCGCCGCUGCAAGCGUCAAGCUGCAAUCCGCCGAGAGUGCACUUGAAGCUCAGCAAAUCCUGCUGGAAGAACAAGCAACCCUGUGCCAAAAGCAAGAGCAAGAAGUCGCCCACAUUUCUCAGGAAUUGCAGACGGCCACGCUCAAGUACGCCCAGACCGCCGAGCAGCUCGAGGAGCAACGCCGCGCUUUCAGCGAGUCCCGCGCCCAAUUUGAAGAAUCCGCAGCCAAGUCUGAAGCGCUGGAAACGCAACUCGGCACUGCCAUGUCUGAGCUUCGCGCUUCGGUCGACAGCUCCAUUGCUCGCGCCGACAGCGCCGAGCGCAAGUGUGCGCAGCUGACAGCCGAGCUUGCCGCGGUCACGUCGCAUCUCGACUCGGAGGUGACUCAGUCGCUGACGCUGACAAAUCAAGUCGAGGCUUUGGGCAAGAGUCUGACUGAGGCUCAUUCUGAGCGCAACGCCAUGCAAAAGCUCCAAAUUGAACAACUCAACAAGAUGACUGCCGACUCGAAUGCACACGUUGAGGAGCUUCAACAAGAAAUGCUGGCCAUGCAAGCGCAGAUGGAAGCGCAAUACCGCACCGCUGCCGAACUUGCCAAGCAGCUGGAGGCCACCCAGCAAGUCGUUUCGGAGCUGACUGCGACUCGAGACCAGCUGAGCGCCACUUUGUCGUCUUCGCGCCAAGACUCGCACACUCUGGCCGAGAAGCACCGCAUUUCGACGGACGACUUGGACGCCAUGCAGCAAAGUCUCAGCAGCAAGACGGCCGAGCUGGAACAGUUCAAGCUGCAGCUCAACCAAGCGACGGCCAGCCUGCAAGCCCUUCACGCUGCUUCUGAGGAACAAGGUGCAGCGCAGCAAGCGUUGAUCGUUGAAAAGGCUGGCCUCGAGACCAAGUUGCAACAGAAUGCCGAACGGCAUGCUGAGGAGGUCCGACGAGCCCAGGCCAUGCUCGAGCAGCUCACUUUGCAACUCGCCGAAAAGGAUGCGCGCUUUGAGACCUUGAAGGAUCGUGAGCUGGACUUGAUGUCGGGCGAACUCGAGUCGCUCAACCGCCGCGUUUCCGAUUUUGCGCGCGAGCGUGAGGUGGUUGUGCAGGCACACAAUGUGGAUCGCGCUACCUUGGAGGACGUUCGCCUGGAAUUGGCCACCACCUUGGCGACGAAGGACAAGCUGACUGCCGACAAAACCGAGCUGUUGGCUGCUCUGGACGAAAAGGAGCAGGCCUUUGCCGUUGCGACCGCCGCGUUGGCUGAAACCCAAGGCCGCCUGGACAUGCUGCUUGCCUCCAGCACCGCUGACGCUGCCCAGUUGCAAGAGCGCAUCGAUCAAGCGCACCAGGCUCUGCACAAUGUUCAGCAGCAGUUGGCUUCUGAUCAAGCGUCGGGCGCUGAGCAGCUUGCCGCGCUUCAGGCCAAGUUGGCUCUUGUGAGCAGUGAACUUGACGCAGAACGCGAGACAGCCACUGUCAACGGCAAUCUCUUGGAAGAGGAGCGUCUGUACAAGGACGAGCUCGAGCAAGAGUGUGCUCGUCUUGACAAGGACGCUGGUGAAAAGAACGCGCUCGUGCAACACUUGCAGCAAACUGUCGCUGCCUUGCAAGCUCAAGUCGCUUCGCUCGAGACCAGUGCGGUUGCGAUGACUGCGUCUGGAAAGAGCGCGCUCGCCGACGCCCAGGAGCUGAGCGGCAAGCUCAAGCAAACUGAAGCGUGGCUGAGUGCGGCACAGGCUCAAGUCGUCCAGCUCACAGCAGUAGCUGCCGAGAAUGGAAACGCACGUGAGACGAGCGCCGGGCAAGUCAACGCGCUCCAGUCCACCAUUGCCAAUCUCCAGAGCCAGGUCUCCAGCCUGCAGACCAACCUCGGCGUCCUCGAGUCGGCAAAGAGCGUCGCUGUUGCUGAAGUCCAGCAGAUGCAAGCGCGAGUGGCCCAACAGACCAGCCGUCUUGAAGCCCUGGAUGAGGACAAGCAGAAGUUGGAUGCUCAGCUGAUGCAAGAGCGUCAGCAGCGCAUGGAAUUGCAAGUCCAGCUCAAGCAGGUCGCUAGUGACAGCACUCGCGCCACGCAGACUCAGAACGAAGAGCGCCUGUCUUACGAGCGUGCCAGCUCGCAGCACGAACGCGACGUGUCUCUUCUCAAGGCUCAGCUGCAGUCCUGCACGUUUGAUCUGCAGAGUGCCAAGACGCAACUCAACGAGCAAGUCUCGACCGAGCGUACCCUGCGUGCCGAGAUGGACAAACUCUAUCGCGAUCACCAGCGCUUGCAAAACGAGUUGACAAUUGCCUCCACGGUGCAAGCACGCCUUGCUGCCUCGAGCCCCACUCCUGCACCUGCGGCUGCUGCUGCUGCUGCUGUUGCUGCUCCUCCUCCCGCCGUUGUGAUGCCAGCACCUGCUCCUGGUCCGUCCAUUGAGGCAAUUUCCCAGCUCAUCCGCUCGGAGCUGACCUCGCAACUGAGUCCCGUUCUCCGCCAUGUGCAAGAGUACCAGCACUACCACCAGCAGCAAGAACUGCAGACCCACAUGGCCCAGGUUGUGUCGUCUGCCGUUGCAGCUGGCCAAGCAAGCAUCGCCGCUGCUGCCGCGGAUGCCGCCAAAGCUGCGUCCGCCGCGGCCUCCGCUCAACAGACCAUGUCGGAGCAGGCGCAUGCUGCGCGCGUCGCCUCGACCCAGCCACCAGUUUCGGCUCCAGCUGUCGCCCUGCCCAUCCCUGCAAGCGCAUCGCCCCAAGAAAUUGUGCGAAUGGUUUCUGACUGCUUUACCUCAUUCACCACGACCGUCACCGGCGUGAUUGCACGCGAAAUGCUGACCCACCAACAGUCGCACGCUGCUGCUCCUGCUGCUCAGUUCAUUCCGACAACCGCAACCAUGUCGAGCGAUGCUACGGCAGCCAUUGUCUCUGCGGCCACCAACGCCGCACACGCGGCAAGCUCUGCCCAAGCCGCAGCGGCAGCAGUGUCGCAAGCGGAAAUGACCCGCGUCAAUCGCGAGUUGUUGCUGGUCUCGGCUGAGCGUGAUCGUCUUGCAGCGCUCAAUGCGACCUUGUCGGCGAGUGCAGAGCGCGCUCAGCGGCUGUUGGACACCAGUCAGCACGAUGCCGGAGAGGCGGCGCGCGAGCACCAAGCGGCCAUCCACCAACUCCAGCUGCUCCAGCUGCGACUUGAUGCCGCCAACACGGCCACUGGCGCCGCGGAAGGCCGAAUGACAACCAUGCGGGCCGACAUGCUUGAGGAGCGUCGUCGCAUGGAGGCUCGUCACGCCGAGGAUCGCCAGGCUGCUCUGGCCGCCCAAGCGACGUUGCAGUCCGCCUUGACCUCGGCCAUGGACAAGAUUGAGCGGCUGCAGGUCGAAUUGGAGGCGGCCAACGUGCGAUGCAACGAGCUGCAGCAGCAGUUGCGUACGCACGAAAUGCAGCAGCAGUUUGCCCUGGCAGCACCCGUUGCGCAGCCUUCCGUCGGUGAAAUUCAUGCAUGGAUUGUUGCAUCUGUCGGAAGCAAUGGCGCACGAGCGAAUGGCCUCCCUGCGCUGAUGCUGCAGCACGGAGAAGCCGGCAGCAUUGUCAACAGCAACUGGAUGCAAGCCUUGCACCUCUUCUUGGGCCAGGUUCAACAAAAGUACGCUGGUCGCGUCGACACGUACAAGAGCAAGAUUGCAGAGCUGCAGUCCACUGUACACUCGAUGGAGACUACUCUGGCUUCCGAACGCGAUCAGCGCGAGAGCGAGCGUCGCCGCGAGUCCCGCGCCAGGCAGUCUUGGGCGCAACAGCGUGAUUCGGUUCUCACCGCCCUGACGACCGCACGAAACAGCACUGCCAACUCUCCGCUUGUGCCCUGGGCGACGCACUACCAAAUGCACAAUGCGACUCAGCAACUCCCCGCUGCUGCAGGCAACGGCACUGUGGAAAUGCUGGCUGCCCAAUGCCAAGAGCUGAGCUCUCAGGUGCAAAAACUCACCUUCCAAAAGCGGUAUUUGGCCGUUGAAAACACGCGCCUCGCUCACAUUGAAAGCCUUUGCCUCAACAUUAUCGACCAGGCCGACCGCGAGGUCGAUCAAGUCACGGCUGUCUGCACCGGCAGUGUCAUGCCGCCGGCCAUCCAUCGCCAAAUGCUGACUCCGCUCCGUCGUUUCCGCAAGGGUGUGUUGGCUGUCAUGGCUGCACGCCGUCUGUUCUACGGCGGCAGCAAGUAUCAACACGCUGCCAAUCGCAAGAUGCACGACCUGCAGACCGCCUAUUCCAGCAUGAACGCACCUUCGGCGAAAACCCACCCAGCAUCCUGGUUGCUGAAUCAGCCUGCACGCCAGCCCUUUGCCACCCCGUUUCCCUUCAUGUCUUGA